CUCUCUUUUUAUUCUUACCACUAUCUGUUGAUGAUUAUCCUCUAUUAUUUGCCAUUUGACAUUUAACAUUGACCGCUUAUUUUUAACAUGUGUGAAUUGAUUUAAAUUUAUUUUUUAAUAUGAUUAUGCACUUUAUUGUUUCAUUGUGUAUUUUUGUAAAUAUUACGCCGCUAUUUUUAAAGAUCUUAGAGACAUAAUCGUAUAGAGUUAUAGAGAAAGAAACGAAAGAAUAACAUUGUUAUAUGUAACGUCAUUGGUAUAUGUAACACUGUCUGCGAAGAUACAGUUAGAUAUUACAAUUAUAGUAACAGUUUUCGAUUGUAUACUUGGAUUCUUUCCGGUCGGUGAAUCCAUCUUCUUUGUUGUUUCUUUUUUCGUCAGAAACGAUGUUUUGUAAUUCUCUAUCGACAAAUCAUUAACGGUGAUACUACGAUGAAGAAUUAGACAGGCAUUAAAAUUCAGGCACACGAAUAUUCGUAAUAUGUAUUUAUGGUUUUUAAAUCGUUGCGCGAUCUAUCAUUCGUGUCUCGUUGAGCUCUAGUCCCCCUUUUCAAAUUUUUUUUAUUAUUUCUCUCUUCUUAUUCAUGUUUCAAAUAUACACAUUUAGGCGGAAAAACCAGAAUCUCGAAGGUUUCUUGGCCGAUUUUACUAUAGCGAUUAUUAUGGUGUUCCUUUAUAAUGUUUUCCCAUUUCCUUCAGCUGUGCCCGCAGCAAGCGCAUCUACCAUACGGGCCGAUAAAAAUGUCCUGUCGACGCCUGCGUUAAUAUAACACAGCACGUAUAUUCAUACACGGUCGUAUUAAAACGGAAAAAGAUAGCAAAAUAGUCCAAUUACAUUACACGCCCGACUGUUUUUCCGCAUUUUUAUAUUUAAAUAAUGCGUUUUACAUUUGCAAAAAAGAAAGUGAAAAAGAAAAGAAAUUACGCGCUCGAUAUAUAUGAAAGCGUAUACGUAUCCGUGAAAUAUAAUUUAUCGUCGUGAUGUUAUGUGACUAUUAAAAGCUCGGGAUAUGAAACAGUUUUCGCGAUAGCGGAGUAUUUGCAGAAACGAAAUAUCGAGUCGAAAACGUUUUCGCGAAAUGUUCCGUAGUGACAUUCGUGGUCUGCAGACUGCUUCGACAUGAAAUCGUACACGCCCGCGCGCGCGCGCGCGCGCACACACACAUACACACAAACAAAAUACAUGCAUACUAUAUGAUCAUGCAUCCUCGUACAGUUUUCUUACGUUUACACCGCUCCGCGUAACCUCCACGCGUAACCUCCUUCUCCUUCUCCUUCUCCUUCUCCUUGUUCUUCUCCUUCUCUUUCUCCUUCUUCUCUUCCUUCUCCGUCAGCUGCGUGUAGUGUAGGGCCGCUGUUAGCUGGUGGAGUGGAAGGUGGAAGGUGGAAGGUGGAAGGUGUAAUAGUCGAAACAUACACAGUCAUUCGUCGGCCAGCGCGUUCAUUCGUCGCGUCACGCAUCUCGCAACGUGCCCGGGGACACACGACCGUUUUUUCUUCCCUGAAAAAAUGGGAUGUAGCUAGGAAAGUUGCUCUCCACCAAUUGAGCUCAAAAUACGUCGUACGUCAGUAUUUCGCGAGUUGUUUUUUGGAGCAUACAAGCGGAUCGAAAGACUAUAUGCGACAACAAUUUUCAAUUCCCAAAAGGAUACAAAUCAUAUCGAUGAAAUUGAAGGCGUCUUUUGCGAUCCGUCGUGCGUCGACAAUCGAAACGCAAAGAAUCAGAAUGUACGUCAGCUACAGGAACAAUUGGCUCAAGCCACCGUGAAAGUACGCGAAUUAGAAUACGAGCUAAAACAUGUUCAAAAGGUGGCCAACACAUCCUUGAGAGAUGAUCUUUCCGAUGGACAUCAAAAGGCUGAAGUCGUAAGAGCGAGACAAGAUAUGAUGAAUCGUAUAAUACAAAUGGAAGAAAAGACUCGAGAAGCAGAACGAAACGCUAAGCAUAUUCAAUUGGACGAGGCCAGUCUUAUCAAUGAUUUUCGUUCAGUAAUAUCGAAAUUAAACUCACGUGAAAAGUUUGAUUUAGUCAGUGGAGCGCUGAAAGCUUUACAAAUCGAAAGCGAAACGCGAAACGAGAAGGAUCGCGAAAAAUCCAACGAGCAACUCGAGAAAGUCGAUGGUAUCGAAUAUAAUACUUUAACCUUGAAACAUCAUUUGGAUAAUAUAAGCUUGCAACAAAAUAAAUCGAGUGAUACGAUUCAAGAAUCUUUGUCCAACAAGCGGGAGAUAAUAUUACAACAAAGAAUAGAGAAACUUCAAAAUGAAAAUAAAGAUCUUUUGGACGCUAUGGAGAAAUUGGACGAAGAGCAUACGCAAUCGAUCGAAAAACUAUUGUCGCUCAGAGAAGAAACUAAUAAAAAGCAUCGUUCUCUACAAAGUGCAUACGAGCAGCUUUCCAUAGAUUAUAACAAGUCCCAGAAAAGAAUAAUUGAGUUUCGUAAUAGUGAUUUGAAACUCGAUGAAAAUGCUUAUACCGAAACGAGUCAUCGAUCUGUUCAGACGGACAAUUUAGAUAAUUUAGACAAACACACUCAAAUAAUGGUUCCUUUUCAAAGAGAUGAUAUAGUGUCGAAAACAAGCAUUCUCGAUGAUAUUACUCGGAAAAUUAAGAUGAUUUUAAAAAGCUAUACCAUAAGCACUAUUGAACCGGGAGAAACGAUCUUUGAAGCCAUCGCGAAACAGUAUGUUGAUACUAAAUGGAAAUUAGACAUUUUAGAGAGGAAAGUAACUGAGAUUACCAGAGAUUUAAAGGAAACCAAAGAAACGAAAGAUGUCUUACAAAUAGAAUGCGAAGAAUUGCAGUCUCAUAUCGAUUCGUUAUUGUUGGAAAAUCAAGUUUUAAAAUCGAGUUUACCAUCUAUUCCUGAAGCAAGCGAAGAACGUGUAGUCUCCUUAGAAACGGAAGUUGAAUCUUUACGGGAAGAAGCGAAGCGACUCUCGGUUGAAAACGAAACGAUACGAGAAAUAAAUACAAAUUUGACGCUCGCUGUACAAGAUAAAGGAAUGUUUUCGACAAGUCACGAUCAUUUGCAAAAAGAUGUAAAUCGCGAAUCAAGUGACUCAUCUGUAAAGGAAAAUGUAAAAUUUCCAAUAUGUUUAGAAAAGAAUAAUAGUUCAAAUGAGAAUGCGGUAUCUGUCGAGCAAAUAAAACUCAAUCCUGAAAAUAUAACGCGAGAAUUAAAGUGCUUCAAGAUAUCCAAGACGAAAUUGUUGAAAAAUAAUGAUCUUGCAUCGUUGCAAGAUCAGGAUAUCGUAGAUAAAUUGGCAAACGAGAGUAAAGAAGAUUUGCUACAGAAGAAUACGCAAUUAUAUGAUACAACUUUGCGAGAAUCUGACCUACAAGAAGAAAAUGAUUAUCAGUUGCACGAUUUGCAGGAACGGCUUGACAUAGCUAAUUGCGAGAAAUUCGAUUUGGAGAAUGAUAUUUUACAUAUGGAAAAAGAAUUGGAUGCAAUGCAGAUUCAAAUGAACAUAAAACAAUCUCAAAUAACGAAAUUAAAUCAGGAUAAUGAUAGAUUAAUUAAAGAAAAUAUAUCUCUGUUGGAGCAAUUAACUGCUACGCACGAUGAAUCAUUGGACAAGAUAGAAUUGUUAAACACGGAGAUGUCAUUGCUUCAACAAGAGCAUAAAGAUUUGAAACAGGGGGCAUCGAUUUACAAGGAAGAAUUGACUCGGACAAAGGAUAAAUUGUACGAGGCGCAAGAACGAUAUGUAAAAUUGGAAAAGGAACAUUAUGCUUUAAAAGCGCGGUAUGAACAAAUUGAAUUAGAAAAGAAAAAUAUUCAUACACAAGCGAUGAGAAUGGAAGAGCUUGAAAAUGAAUUGUGUCUAAAAGAAUCAUUUAUAGAGAAGUUGAAUUUUCUACGAAAUAGAUCUAAGCUUUUAGAACAAGAAAUAAAAGAUGUUCGUACUAAAGAAACGCAGUUGUUGAAAUCUCGAGAACACACCUCGGAGAUAUCCUCGCCAAACAUAGAUAGCGCCAAUAAUAGAUUGCAGGAAGAACCUUCAACCGUUGAAGAUAAUUUAAUCGGAAAAGAAAACAUUAUACACGUGAAAGCGGAAAUUCUAGAUUUAACGCCGAAAGAUACAUCGAUUAUCGAUGAAGAGAAGCGAGAAAAGGAUGUCUUAAAGGUACACAACAAACAAAUGACGAGUGAAAUUACUGAAUUGCGUAGCAAAUUACAAUCUGCCAUUGAGAAUAGUAAAGAGUCGGCAGAGAUGGCUAAACAGACCAUCGAGGGCCUCUCGCAUCUUAUUCGAGAAAAAGAUCAGGAGAUGAGCAUUCUACAAACUGAAGUAGAACGUGCACAGACUAUUAUCGCACAAACUUCCAAUGAACUUGUCGCAAUCAGAAAUCAGAAGGAUGAAUUGGAACGAAUUGUUUCUGCGAAACAUAACGAAAAUUUACAAUAUCAGAAAGAAAUUGAAAAGUUGAUUCAACGCGUGAACGAACAAACGGCUCAAAUCCAAAGAUUAAUUUCCGAGAAAACAGCGAGUGAAAUACGAGAUGAGAACGUAAAUCUAAAGGAACGGCAAAAAGACCGUAUUCAUCAAAUUGUUGACCAACAAAGUGGGCAAAGCGCCGAAAUUGUGGCUCUGAACAAAAAAUGUGACGCAUUAGAAGUUGCUUUGAGGCAAGAGCAGUCCAACAAUAGAAUUCUGCAAAAUCAGCUUACCGAAAGCCGAAACAGGGAAGCUAGUUCUGUUAAAGAAUUAGAAAGAUUGAGAACGCAUUUGGUCGAAAUAGAAUCGAGCUAUACGGAAGAAGCUCUAAUCGCUGAAAAGAGUCGUCAAGAAUUGGAGACGAGAUUAUUGCAAGCUGAAGAGAAAGUAAAGAAUAGUUCAACUGCUUUCACAUCGGCAAAUAUUCGGGCAAAUCAGCAGAUAGAAACGUUGCAGCAACAGAUAACUCUGAUUACUCAACAAAGAGAUCAUAUACAGACAAAAUUAUCUGCCGCAGAAGACAAUAUUCAACUGCAGUCUGCCUCUUUGACUAAUUUGCAAAUAGUUUUGGAACAGUUCCAACAAGAUAAAGAACGCGACAUUGAGUCAGCUACAGAAAAAAUUCAAUGUCAGCUCAAUGAAGCAUAUAAGAAACAAGAUGAAUUUUUAAAUGAAAUUUCGAUUCUUAAGCAACAAUUAUUUGAGGCUAAAGAAUGCUUGCAGGCUGCCUCAAGAUUAAGCGAACAGCUUGAGAAGAAGGAUGAAGAAAUCGAGCGACUCGACGAAGAAGUUGCGCGAUUGACGACAUCGCUAAAUUUUGCCGAGCAAAGAGUAAAAGAGGCAAUGGAGCAUGAUGAGGAGAAAAUCGACAAGAUUCUCAUUAAAAAUCUUCUCUUGGGUUAUUUAUCCUCGGCUACAUCAGACAAGUCUGCGAUACUCAGGGUCUUUGCCAAUGUCUUGAAUUUCACCGACUCGGAAAAAGAUAAAACUGGUUUGAACAAUGGGACUGCACAGAGCGGUCGGUUCUUACGCUCUCACGACAAAAGUGACAGUGUGCCUUCAAAGUAUCAGGAAGCGUCUUUAUCGACAGCUUUUGUGAGAUUUUUAGAAAGUGAAUCUAAACCGAAGCCUCAACUACCACCUUUGCCGAUCGUGAAUUCAUCUUCGUCGCGGUCAGGAUAUAACAAACAACGGCCUCCAUCAUCGGCACAAUCUACAUUAUUGUUGUCUAACGUUGCUCUUCCAACAUUUCCAGACUUUAUUCCGGCCAGAAAUACGGGAUCUAUCUUGAAGGAGGUAUUAAAGGACAGUUGAUAUUAAACGCAUUAUAUUAAAAAAAAAAAAAAUUGUACAAAUAAUAUUAGAGAUUACAAUAUAUUCGGUUGCAUUUUAUACCAAUAUUGUAUCGCCUGAUUGCAUCCCACUAGACUCACCUUUUGCACAUUAUCCGAAUUUUGUUUUUUUAAUAACCAGUUACAUGGUCAAUACAUAUAUAUAUACAUAUGUUGUAUAUUUUAUGUGUGUGUAUGUGUCUCUGUCUGUUGGAUAGAUAAAGAGCGAUAUUCUUGUUCACUUGAACUAGAGUUUUAAUAUAGCCAUAUAAAGUUACAAUGAACAAAAAGUAUAUCGCUGCUUUCUUUUCGCAAAGAAUAGCAAAGAUUCUCUACUUAUAACGCAAUGACACAACGUCAAUUACUACAAGUAAUAUAAAUAUAUAGUAAAGUUUCAUUAUAUCUCUAACGCACGUACUGGGGGCAUAAAUACAAAAUUAGAUCGUGCAUAUCCCAACAGAACUAAUGUAUAAAAUAUAAAUCUCUAUUCAACGAUUUCAUACAUUAGAUAUUAUCAUUUUGCGAAACAUAUGUACAUAGACUUUCUGGCACUUUUCGUUCAAUCAUAUCAAACUGUGGUGGCGUUUUAUAAAAAACUGGAUACAUUUUUUUAUUUAAUAACUAACUAUAAAGUUUUCGAUAAUUAUCACAAGAACAAACAGAUGCAAAAUAGCCGUUAGUGAUUAAUGUUUUAUCAUAUAUAAACAGAUAUAUACAUAUACAUAUAUAUAUGUAUACAUAUAUAUAUAAUAUUUAUUUAAUUACGUCCA